AUGAAAACGCAUGAAGGGAGAAGGAGUGACACAUGUGAGUUCUGUGGCAAAGUAUUUAAGAACUGCAGCAACCUCACGGUCCAUCGCCGGAGCCACACAGGGGAACGGCCUUACAAAUGUGAGCUCUGCAACUAUGCAUGUGCACAGAGCAGCAAGCUGACGCGCCACAUGAAAACACAUGGCCAGAUAGGUAAGGAGGUGUACCGCUGUGACAUUUGCCAGAUGCCCUUCAGUGUUUACAGCACCCUGGAAAAACACAUGAAAAAGUGGCACGGAGAACACUUGCUGACAAAUGACGUGAAAAUUGAGCAGGCAGAAAGAAGCUAA